UUUUGACUUCUUUUUUUUUUACAAUUUGGACUUGGCAGAUGAUAAACACACCUCUACUCUCUUAUAAACACACCUCCUUUUUUAAAAAAUAUAUAUAAUGCCUAAAUUACCCUUAAAAAAAUUCCUAAAUUUACACCCCCUCUCCCGCACCCUCCUUCUCCGCAGCCCCCUUCCUCUCAUCCCACACCAUUGUUGUUAUUGUUGGCAUUGCCUUCUUCUCGCCACAUGACAAGAGCCCCGGAUUGAACAAGCUCCAAGCACGGCCUCAGCUUAAAAAGGUUACCAAUGUUGCUGUUGUUGUUGUUGCCGCAUAUGCUAUUGAAGAAGGUUACCAAUGUUGCUGUUGUUGUUGUUGCCGCAUAUGCUACUGAAGAAGGUGGUGGAAUGGACGGUGAACGCGUACGGACAAAUGGACAUCAUGUUCAGCAAUGUUGGCAUCCUUAGCCCCUCCGAGCAGACCGUGGAGGACCUCGACAUGUCCCAACUGGACAAGGUUUUGGCGCUCAACGUGCGCGGCAUGGCGGCAUGCGUGAAACACGCGGCGCGUGCCAUGGUGGAGAGGCGCGUGAGGGGGAGCAUUGUGUGCACGGGGAGCGUGGGUGGCAGCCACGGUGGACCAUCGGUGACGGACUACAUCAUGUCGAAGCACGCGGUGUUGGGGCUGAUGCGUUCGGCGAGUUUGCAGCUUGCGGAGCACGUGAUAAGGGUGAACUGCAUCUCAUCGAAUGGGUUGGCGACGUCGUUGACUUGCAAACGGCGAGGGAUGAGCGAGGAGGAGAUGCAAGAGGCUUACCGGAAAUUCGCCAGACUGCAAGGAGUGCUGCUCACUCCCAAACACGUGGCAGACGCCGUCUUGUUUCUCGUUUCUGAUGAUUCUGCCUUUGUCACUGGCCUUGAUCUUAGGGUCGAAUGGGACAAACCCGGGACAGCCUCCUUGAAGAGGAAAUCCGAGGUUAGGGUUCUGAGGAUGUCCAAAGGUGUGACCCCAUCCACGGUUCUCACAUUGGUCCAGCAGCACCGCCACCAUGUCCGGCGACACCAUCUCCGCCGCAAUGUGGAGCGGCGUCUUCCUGGCGGGGCCAGAGGGGUAGUUCACGUCGGUUGCGCCGAGUUCAAGCAAGGCCUUCACCACUUCCCUGCUACAAUUCUCAAUCGCGUAGGAGGGGUGCGGGAAAGGGGGUAUGGAGUGCGGGAAAGGGGGUGCGGAGAACAGGGUUACGGAGAAGGGAGCGUAAAUUUAAGAAUUUUAUUUUUUUUAAGGGUAAUUUAGAUAUUUUAUAUAUAAAAGGGGGUGUAUUUAUACGAGAGUGGAGGUGUGUUUAUCACCAGCCUUUGGACUUUAGUGUGUGCCACUUUAUGUUGUCUAUUGGGUUGGUUGUUGCAAUAAAAAAAAAUAAGUGGGAUGGUGGGCUACCCGGCCCACCACGGGUUCAGCCUAAGUGGGUCGGGUAAAAGUGGGUCAAGUUUAAAUUUUCCCACUUACUGUAAAAUUUUAUUUAUUUUGGCCCGGCCCAUUUUCAUGUAGGCUGAGUUGGCCCACGGGCCAUGACCCAUUUUGACAGCUCUACUUUUGAGGAUGCAACGCACUAUCCUAAAGGACUACAACUCAGUGCAUCACUCUCAAUAUUUAUAGAAGGGGAUACGGGCUAUUGUGGCUAUAAUUAAUCAAGAAAAUUAAAAUAAUUAAUUUUAAAAAUAUUUGAUAACUAAAAUUACUUAAAACUACAACG